UGCUAUAAUUGUCAACCAUUUGGUAAAUAACAAAAGCAGUAUCGCCAUGUUGUAAAUCCAACCGAUUAACGAAUUUGUUUUAUUAUAAAUGGUGAAUUUUUAUUUUUGGAGGAAGUUUUCUGCAGAAAUAAAAAGAAAUCAGUUAAAUAAAGGCAAUAAUGAGCUUUAAAGGAAGGGAAAGAAGUGGUAGGCCAGAAUCUGAUCGAGAUUCGGAUCACUCUUCCCAAGACGGCGCUUUUGAUAAAAAGAUUCAAAGCUCGAGAUUAUAUAUCGGUUUCCUCAGUGAUCGAGUAACAAAAGCCGAUUUAGAAGAAAAAUUUUCAAAAUAUGGAAGAGUUUCAGGUGUAAGUAUGCAGAAAGGCUUUGCUUUUCUUCAGUUUGGUCAUGAAGAUGAAGCAACUGAAGCAAUUAAACAGGAAAACGGUGCCAUGUUUAAAGGAAACAGAAUUGAAGUUGCACAUGCUUUUGAAAGUAAACGAAGGUCAGGACGAGGCGGUCGCAGAUCAUCUCCUAUAGGAGAUCGAAACUUCAGAGACAGAGGCCGCGAUUUUGCUCACGAUAGUCACAAAGAUGGACGAGAUCGAUCUCUUAUACGUGGCGAUGAUCGUUUUCGCGAUAAUUAUAGGAAAGACGAUAGAUAUCAAAGGAAAGACGUUAAAGAUGAUAGUAGGAAUUUUGAUUCUGGUCGUGAUUAUUUCCGCCGAAAGUAUGAAGAUACAUAUUACCGUGAUAGAAGAGAUAAUUUAAGAGAUCCGGGAAGUGAUAUCUUACAUUCUUAUUACAAGGAUUUAGUAUUAGAUCCAAAAAGACCCAAUGACUGUGAAAUUAUUGUGGUUGAUAAAGCGUACAGACUGUAUGCUGAGUCGGUGGAAAGGCGUCUUGUAAAUCUUGGUAUGCUUGUAGAUAUGGUAUUUCCAAAAGAUGGAGCUUUUGUUAGUCAGAUAGUUGACGAUAUUACUAGACGUGGGAGUUUGUUUGCUAUAGUUAUUUCACAACAACAUGAAGCACAUAAUUCUGUAACAUUAAAUUUACUUCAAGGAAAUCCACAAGAUAAUGACCAGUCAGUAGCUUUGAAACAACAAGAAUUACAGCAGAAAAUAUUUAGUAUAAUUGGUCAAACUCCGACACCAACUGCCGAAAAUAUUAACCUUGGUUUGAAAGCGCAGGCUACUGUCGGACAGUCGACCGGAAUUGGUCAAAGUCUAGACAUUCAACAGAGACAAACUUCGCAACAGAGUUCGACAUAUAUAAAUUUUGAUAAUCCUAAUGUAAAGAAAGCAUUGGAUAAUCUCAUUCAAACUGGACCAAAGUUAUUGGAAAGCAUUGGUAUGACAUCGGCAGGAAGUCAAGACGCGAGCUCUGCUCUAAUACAGUCACCUAAUUUAUUACGAGGAAGUUUGGGUGGUCAGAUGACAUCUGGAGCCGGCGCGGGAAUGGCAAAUUUAGGAAGUAUGGGUAGCAUGGGAAUGCAAAAUGAUUAUACAGGAACUCUGAAUUCUCCAAACUUGGGUUUGAAUAAAAAUAUCGGGUACUCCGAUCAGUUGGGAAUGAGUUCACAGACGAAUCAAUUAAUGGGAACCAACUUGGGUUCUCAAAUGCGUGGUAACACCGGAAUGAAUCCCGACAGAAGUUUUGGUUUGACUGGAAGUCUUCAACAGACUGCAAAUCUUAAUAAAAAUUUGGGAACUCAGUUUCACAAUGCAGGAAUUAAUAUGGAAAGAAAUCUGAAUCUGUCUAGCAGUUUAUCGCAAGGUACUAGCGGAGGAGGAAACAGAAAUCUCGGUACAAAUUUAUCAAACACAAGAGGAAGUAAUAUUAAUUCACAGGGAUCUCGACCCAAUGCGCCAAAUAAUAAUUUUCAAAACAACUCGAAUUUAAUGAGAGGAGUGUCUGGUGCGAGACACCCUCUAUUAGGCACCCAAAUGGGGAAUCAAUCUCUCCACGGUAGAGGCGGUAGAUUUUAAAAUGCGCAUUCGAUUGUAUAAGAAUACGAAUAGUAUUGAUUAUUUGUCAUUAAAAGUACACAUAACUGUAUUGUAGUCUGAUUUGUAUUCACUUCAUUUUCAAUCACUUUUCAUGCUGGUAUUAAAUGUUUGAUUGCAUUACCGAUGUAAAACUGAAUUUUAUUGUUCAGUGCAUAUACACUCAUCAAACAUCUAUAUAAUAAAGUUUUUUAUUGUUUACGUCUGGUGAUGAUUACUUCAAUGUUGUUUUAAGAAUGUGAGUAAGUAUUCUUAUUUAUUAAUAAGGUAUGGGAGAAUAACGAAUUUUGUACGGUACGUCAAGAACAAACAUCCUUUUGUUUUUUUUUAAUCAAAAAGUAUUUUUAACAUGAUUACAGUAGAGCAUCUUAUAUCGCAAGAUUCUAUUUAAUUAAAAAAGGUUUAAUAUACAGUAAAAUCUGCAUAAACUGGACUUAUUUUUUCCAGUAUGGCAGGUUUCCAUUUUGAAUGAGUUUCUUUUAUAUGCAGAAAAUCGCUGCGUUUCUAAGCAUUCUUCCCAUUUAGGCAAGUUUCUGUUUUAUUAAGGUUCCAUUUUGGACAGGUUUUACUGUAUAUUAUUUUGAAUUUAAGACAUUUUUUCACGUGUUUCCAAAUUUAAAGAUACAGCAGGUCUUUAAAAGUCUGUUUAAUGAAAAUUUUAUAAUUUUUGCUAAUAAUGUAUUUAAAACAAAGUAUAAUUAAUAUUCUUACUCUAAUAAAUUUCUAAAACUAUAUUUAUUCUAAUUGUCAGCCAAUUUUUUCUGAAAAUCCUUUCUAAAAUGUCAAAGAAUGUCUUAAGUUUGAAAUAAGACAGCCAGCAUCAUAUAAGAAGUCAUUCUUCUUUCAUCAAGUAGUAAUAAGCUUCAAAAUGUGAGGCCUUAAACUAUAUCCUGUUAAAAGUGAGGCCCUAAGCCAUAGCUUGUUUAGUUACUACAGUGUACAGUAUUAUAUAGACAGGAAAUUGUCCUCGUUUCAUAAAUUUAAGUUUUCAGACACCGCUGAAGAGAUAACGCUGCCAUAACUCGAACAAUUUAUGUUUACAGUUCUCAAAUUUACAACAUUCUGUUUACAUUCUGAAACAUUCGACUCAUAUAUUAUUGAUAUAACAAUAAAAAUUCUUUCUGAAAUUAAACCAAGUUGUGUUACUGUUUCAAACCAAGCACGUGCGCGUAUGUGUGUGUUAAUUUGAUAUGUAUGUCAUUGUAUUAACGUUAUUUCAAUAAAUCUAUGUUUUUUAUCUAGUUUGCAUUUAUACUUUCAGUUUUAAUGUAUGUAUGUUGCGUUAACUAAUAUGAUGAUAACAUUGAUAGAGGAUAGUGAAAGAUGCUCUACUGUAUUAUUAGAACGUGACGCUUUGUUUUAAAAUUUGCAUUUAAAAGAUAUUCAAAUUUUUAACAUUACACAUUCGACUUCUUGAAACACAUACAGAGAAGAUUUUAAGAAUUGUUACGAAAUUUCUAAGUAGAAAAAUGAAAUGGCAAGGAACUUUUAUAGUUAAUGUUAUUUAGAAUCGUGUGAGAUUCAUAGUUUCUUAUGUGGCACGUUAAAUCAAUAAUACUGUGUGACGUCAAUCCGAUCCUCGUCGAAAAUUUCGUCCUUCCAGAAUUUACAGAAUGGAAAUUGUUUUAACUCAAGAAAAAUGGGAGGUGUGUGCUGCAGCCACUCCCUUGCUUAGUAAAAGGUAUUUGACGAGAGAGCGGUGGAUUUUUGUUUUGUGUGUGUGUGUGUUAUUGACGACAGAAGAUUGUGUUAAGGAUUAUAAUUUGUGUAUUGUUUUGGAAUAACAUUCUUUGUGAGAGUUGCACAAUAAUUGGUUGACCAAUCUUUCUGUAUUAGUUAAAGUAGUGCCAAAAAGUAUUUAAGGUGUUGCUUUUUUUUAAAUUAAAUAAAACAAUAUAUUAUUAACUUGUUUAUACGUGUUGUCUAAGCAGGGAAUAAAUAUAAUCUUGUGUGGGCAGCACAUUUAUAAAUAGUGAUACAAUGAGCUGCAUGAUCAAAGUAAAUUUAUAAACGAAUGUUUCAACUUCUUUUCAUAAGUCUGCAUCAGGUUUAACAAGAAGAUUCAACAAGUUUUAACUGACAUUCUAGCAUUGUUUUUAAUUGUACAAAGUUGAAGUUCUUUGAUCAUGUGUGCUGCAUUACGCUAUAUUGAAUAAAAUUGCACGCUAACACUUCAUUGUGGCUUCAAAAAUAACUCUUAACUGAUAACUCUUCACACAGAAGUGUGAGAGAAUACUUAAAAUUCCCAUGAUGCCAUACUUAUUUAGUGAAUGCAUGCUAUAUUGCAUGUAGCAUGCAGUCAUUUGGAUUGCUUACAUUGCAGUUGUUGGCAGGUUCUAGUUCUGCAUGAUUUUUAGUUCAUUUACAUUUAAUGAAAGUUGUGACUUCUGAAAACAUGCAAAUGUUGGUGUUUGAUUUGUUUCUGGCAGUUUGUAGUGCUGUAGAGACAUGGAAGUCAUAAUGUUCCAGGAUGUACAGUACUGUUGAGUAAUUGGAUGCAUGUAUGUUUGGUCUCAGUAAAUCGACACACUGAUGAAUGGUUUAAUGAGCUUUUACUGAAACAUCUGGCAACAUAACAAGACAGCAGAAGUGAAAGAUGCUACAUUGGCAUUUGCAGACUUUUGUCAAAAUAACUGGAUUAAUACAGAUGAGUAAUAAAAUGGUGUUAAAUAACCAUGGAGGCAAAUAUAUUGCUUCAUCGGAGCUCAUCGUAUCCACAGCCUGAUUAUUGUGAUGUGCAUCAGUCGCUGCACCAAAACUAGUUGGUGAAUAUCGGAACACAUUUUAGUACAUUGCAGUUCACCAAUAUGUUGUUUGACAUACACUGGAAUGCACCCAUUUUCCAUAGAAUUUGUAAGAAGCCUGUUUGAUAUUUAAAGAGUAAUUCUUUUCUGUGAAGAUAGUGCGCAAUCCUUUAUAGAGAAAUAUCUUAAAUACUGACAAAGCUUAAUCUAGCCACCAUUGCCAAUGUAAUGAAGUAAGCGGUACAAAUUUGAGAAAGAAUUACGAAGGUUGAUGUUUUUAUUUAACUUAAUGAGAAUGCAUUUCUAGAAUAGAUCAACUUGUGGUUUAGUGGCAUCAUGACUAAUAUAUAGAAUGUUGAAAUAUCAUAUUUAAUCCCAUUGUGUUUUCUUUUACAAUUGUUUUGAGAUGAAUGGUGCCAUCGAAACCAUCACCUACAGUAUAUUCAUUUAUUGCACAUUGCUUGGCAAUAUGCAAUAAAUUUCAAUUGCACACACAAAAUUCUUGCAUUUCUAAAUUAAUUGCAAACAUUUCAAUUUUUCAUUUAAUUAAUAAUGCAAAAUGAUCAUUUCAAAUGACCAAUUUGAGAUAAAAUAUUGUAGAAGCUUCCAGAUUAACUUAUUUUGUUCAAAAUAAUUAAUUUUAUCAGCAUGUACAAUAUGAUUUUUUCCAAUUCUUGCCAUAAAGUUUUCUUUUUUAUGCAAUGUGUUGUUAUUGCUAUUGAACGUUUAUAUUGUAAUUUAUUUCAGAAGAGAUUGCAGUUUUCUGCAGAUUGAUGCCAGGUUAAAUUUAUGCAAAAUAAUCCCUCAUCUGGCAACUAUUUAAAAGUUUUGAAAACUAAAACUUCUCCUCCUCGCAAACUAUCAUAAAUGAAUCAUUUCACGUUCAUUAAUCUUAUAAAAAUAUAUUUUAAAUAUCCGGCAGUAAAAAUUUUAUUUCGUGGACAUACUCAGAGUUAUCAAUUCAUAAUUAUUAAGUUUAUAUCAUUUUUUUCAGUUUGUGUAUUUGCAAUUGUACAGAUAAAAUGAACAUUUCAAUUAAUUUGUUUGUGUUUCUUUUUAUUACAAAAUUUAUGUUUAUCACCUUCAAAUAUUAGUGCUGAUUUAAUUCAACAUUUACAUAAUACACAGUUCAUUUAUUAACUUAAAAUUCUUUUAUUAUGCAAUGUAAAACUUUAAAUUCACAAUUUAAUUGUUUCACAGAGAUAAAACAACUUCAAACUUAAGAAAAAAACUGCUUAUAUAUAUAUAUAUAUGUUGUUAAAUAAAGAUUUUGUCAGAAGAAAUUGUUUUCUGUUGUUCGUGUGCUUUAAUGAAACACUCUUGAGAUGUCAUAAAAUUGAAUUUGCUCUGAGUUUUUGUGUUCAACGGAUACAUAAAAAUUUGAUAGCAAUUUCUUAGUUUAAACUAUUCAAAGAAAUUGCUGAUUAAGUGUGUAACUACAUAUUUCUAAAGUAGAUAGAUGUAUAUCAACAGUGCGCUUAAAGAGAGUGUGAGUGGAAAUCUUGUAUUUGAGAUUCGAGUGGAUAAAAGCACUAGUUGGUUGAGGGUUCGUGCCCCACUAGCCCGAUGGUAACCGCGUGAAGUUUUCUUCGCGUGUUAACACCUAAAAAGUCCUCCCGAGUGUUGCAUUGUUCUUAAUCCAUCAAUUGUGAAUUUAUUUAUAACGUUACGCGAUAAAUUUCUUACGAUAUUCAGAAGUGAGAAUUUUCAAAACGUCGUAAAAACGAGCUUGGCACAAGAGGUUCUUGUAUUAAAGAAGAAACUCAACUAUCGCCGAAAAUUUCCUAAUCUAAUACGCGAAUCUAAAAAUUCUUCUACGGUAAUCCGCCCGUUUUUUAACGUAAACAGUUAAAAUGUCUUUCGUGUUUUGUGUGUAGUUUAAGUAAUGAACAAUAAAUAAAUAAACGAGUGAUUUGUAAAAAUUGUAGCUUGUCUUCUGUUCAAGACGACAUGUGCGAGCGAAUGAUUCAUUGGAGUGCCAAUGAAAUAUUAAACCAUUAAAUAAACGUAUCGUUAUCAGAUUUAAUAAAAUCUUUUAUCCGAAUUGUUUUCAUUUAACACCGUUAUGUACCGUUCAUUACAUUAGAUACGAGCAUUAAACAAGCCAAUGAUGUGAUCGUUUUAUUCGAAAUAAUGUUUUCGUGUAGCUAACCAAAUAUUGUUUAUUCGUAUAUAUGUUACGUCCACGCUGUAUUGUUUAUCGAUUAGUAAAUGGCAUUAUCAACAAUCUAUUAGCUUUCAUCAAGAUGCUAAACGACUCCACGAGUUGUCUACGUUAAAGCUAAGUAAACCGGAAGAAUACAGAGCAAGAAAACACCAUGACAUAUUGUUUCGAUUAAUCGAAAACUAGUUGAUAUGCCUUAUGGGUAAUUCCAUUGAAGCAAGCCAAUGGCGUAAUCCGUUUCGCGUGAAACGGACAAUUUUGACACGCUUGCUUAGCCGAUCGUCAUCCAGAUGCACCAUUAUUUUGAUUCAACGUGGCGUCUAGCCCUAAACACAAAUAACUCCUCGUCCAAAUAAUAGGACCCAUCUUUCAAGCUGUUCUGUUUAGUGUAAACUGAAACUUGUUACAUAGGGUGGAGACAAUUUUUCUUCGUAGAAAUUAUUGUGUGAUGUUCUGUUGCAUUGCAGAAAGCUUCACUUACUAGGCUAAACUGAGCUUAAUAAAGUUUCAUUUGAUAAAAGACCAUCUGUGAAGCUCUGUUUUGUGUUUGUUUAAUUAAAUUCAGUUUUAUUUGCUGUUAGAUAUUUUUUAAAAAAGAUGAAAAUAACCAUUCUAAAUGUAGUUUAAAUAAAACAUUACGGUCGACUAGAGAAACUAGGUCUAGUCUAAACCACACACUGAACCUCCUAAUCAUUGCCAGUGAAGUAGUAAUUAUCCAUCGUUAAGUAUUAUUUUCAUAGCUUAAACUAGCGUGGAUACGGGUCUAAACCAUGGUUUAGGUCUAGACUUUGUUUCUAUAAUCGGACAUUGCCUCAAAAUAUUUUGUUUUCUUCAAUUAAAUAUAAUUGUUGACUGUAGCAAACAGGACUAUUAAUUAAUAAAUAUGCUACACAAUAAACUUAUUUGAAAUUCUUUGCUAGAGUGGAAGGAAAAAUUGUAAAUGAAUUCAAAAAAGUUAAAUAAAGUUAAUUUAUCCAUUGAGCUGCUAUUUUGAUUUCUUUUUUUUUAAUUAAGUUUUCGUUCUUUAAGGCAAGAGCGCGAUUUACGGUAAAUGAAUCUAGCUUUUUUAAGUUUUUAUUCUGAAAAUAAUAGAAGACAAUGGCUUCGUCUGUUGAAGAUCAACAAGAACAAUGAACGACUUAAGGCUAUUUUUGAAAAUUCAAGAAAAUUUCUAUUGAAAUUUGUAUUCCAUCGAUGAAUUUCAUCUUCCUUUUAUUGCAUUAAAUAUUGCAAUGAAAAUGUACAUUUCGCAUUGACGAGACGAUAGCAGCUCUGAAGAUUUGGGUUCAAGUUCGAAAACAUCAAAUUUUCGUGAGUAAUUUAUUUUUCCUUUGUUCUUUACCCUGCCUUGUGUGGACGCCGAGAGGGCCUUUUUUAAAAUCGUAUCCGUCAUGGGUUUCUUCACGAUAAACCUCUCAAAACCCGAUGUUAAUCAAUCCCAAACGUGGUUCGAGUCCCACUUUGAGCCAAUUCUAUCAAAAUAUUCUAACAAUUAUUAAAUUUAAUAAGGUAUAGCGCCUAACUCCUACCCCAGGUAACAAAAAUACCUAAAAUUUGAUUAUCAAUUGUAGCCGAAUAUUAGCGGGGCAAAAGGCUUAACUUUGAGGGUAGAGGUUUAAAAAGUAAAUGCCAAUAACCAGUAAAAAUCUUCAUUAAGUCUGACCCUAUUCGAGUUCCUUACACCAAAAUCUAGUAGCAUACUCCUUAUAAACAAGUUACUAUGCGAAAUUUCGUUCCUUAAUCCUACCUCAUCCUGAGAUAUUUGAACAUAAAACUAAUUGAGUGUUCCACGACAUUAACCUGCUGAUGUUCGGGUUAUCACAGUGUCAAGAUCAAAUCGGAGGAGAUUGGGACGUUCGGAUUUCAUGGAAGUUAUAUUCCUCAGAGUCCCUGAGAAUAAGUAUAAAAAAUUUUAAUAUUAACAGUGCAGAAACAAAAAUAAUUGCUAAAUACAGUGGGCUUUCGAUUAUUCGGUCAUUCCUAGCAGAGGGUGCCGUAUUACUGAGUGUACAGGCCUAAAAAGUCGCUAAACGAAUGACGUAACCUGUCCCCCUUCGGCAUGGAGUAGGUGAGGAAUAAAUACGUCACGCUGGUAUGCAGUUCUGUGCAAAGAAAUCAUACAGGAAAUCGUGACGUGUGACGUUACCAUUUUAGUGGAAACGGAAGUUCAUACCGUAUUUCCGUGUGCAUAGCAGCGUGCGACGUGUAAGAAUCACUUGUUUCGCCUUUUACUUUCCCUCCUGUCAUAUAACACGGGCAAGUAUUAUAAUCGCGUGAGAUUUGAUCCUCCGGGUUUUGUUUUUCUUCUGCACGACAUUUAAAAUUCCUAAAAGGUCAAAAUUUAAGGGAGUGGAUA